GGAGGGGAUGGAAAUCGGGGAAUGGAGGAUUAAGGAGGACUCGAGCUCGGCACGAGCGCGGCCCGCGCGAGGGAUCCUGGGUAAAAAGUGGCCGCGCGGCACCGGGAGAGCGCGGAGAGGAGCCGGGGUCAGAGGUCAGGGCCCUGGAGCCCCGCGUGCGGAGCCCCCCACGUGAACGCAGCGAGCAGGAGGAACCUUUUUGUUUUCGACCGCGCCAGUAUGCUCCCCUAUUGACUGAGCUGCUUUUCCCGGGCCGCUGCGGAGAGGAGCUCCAUCCCGGAUCUCCUAACCCCACCCCCUCUUCCUCCAGCAACACACAACCCAACUCUAACCCUUCCUCUCCACUCACUUCCCAGCCCCCCGUACCGGCCCUACAAUAACGCAGUAAAUUUGCUUUAACAACAAGUGGGGGUGGUUGCAUUUACUCCUCCCUCUUCUCUCUCCUCCCCCUCCUCUUGCUGCGGCUCUUGACACUACUACAAACCAGGACUAUAAACAUAAACAUGUGUCACUGUAACUGGGCAGAAUUUGAAUACAGUCCAUCAUCUGAACUGGGUUCAUCUUUGAUUGUAAAGGCGGCUGACAUGGUCAACAUAUUUAUCAAAGAAACCCCCUGGCUUUUGAAGAAUAGUACUUUAUACAUCUGGAUCUGCACAUCCAGGCAAAGCUCAGAAAUAUCCGUUUAUUCUUUUAACCACACGGAUGUAUCUAUUUUUGGAGGAACAAGGAAACAUAUAAAUGCCUGGGUUGCAUUUAUGCUGUAGUUGCAAACACCGAACAGUUAAGAAGAUUUUGCCGAAUUUUGCAAAGCAGCCAACAAACCGCCUUGGGAUCUUGGUAAUGCGACUGGGAAGACCUUUGCUCUCAUUUGGCAAUAUUUUGGAUAUCCUUGAAAAUGACACCAAAAUAUGCCUUAAUUUGACUAAGAAGAGGUUAAACAAUAUUGAUAUUCAUCCAAAGUGAUUUAAAAAAAACAGAUUCUUGGCUUUCAUGGAAAAAAUGGGAGUUGUGAAAGAUUCAUUUAAACUACCAACCAAAAACAUCAUAGACCACUGAAAUAGUCUGCAUCGUACAUCAGCACUCUCUUUUCAUCGUUAUUACGUAAAACCUCUGGAAGCACCUUGGGCGUUUCACAUUUUCUUUUCUUUGCUACAGAAGCAAUCUGCUCCAUGGAAUUCUGACCUGUCGUGAACAGGACCCUGGCAAAGGCUGUCCUGGGGACUCUAGGACGAUCCUGCCUCCAAUCCAGCCUGGUUAAUUGUGAAAAGUGUACACAUUUCUGGCUUAUCUAUGCUUUGUUAUGGGUCUGACGUGAGACUACCUCCUCCCCACCCCACCCCCCAGCAGAGAACCAAAAUCCAGUUGAAUUGUUACAGUGUUUCGGGAGCUGGAGCCUUGAACUGCUUCGUUGGUCAAAUAACUUUAUUUCUGGUUGUAAAAAGGCAUUUCAGGGGAGGGAAAAAAAGGAAAAUCGAGAGAAAUUCAAAACCAGGAUGCCUUGAGACACACGCAGCAUCUGGUGGAGGAUUAACAUACAUACAUGUGUAUGUAUGCGUCACGUAUAUAUUUACUGCAAAUGGUGGGGAUCGUUUAGUGCCCGAGAUGGGAGACCUGAAGUCAGGUUUUGAAGAGGUGGAUGGCGUGAGGCUCGGCUACCUCAUCAUUAAAGGAAAGCAAAUGUUUGCCCUUUCCCAAGUCUUCACGGAUCUGCUGAAAAACAUCCCGAGGACGACCGUGCACAAGCGCAUGGAUCAUCUGAAAGUGAAAAAGCACCACUGCGAUCUGGAGGAGUUGCGGAAACUCAAGGCAAUCAACAGCAUCGCCUUCCACGCCGCCAAAUGCACGCUCAUCUCCCGGGAAGACGUGGAAGCGCUCUACACCUCCUGCAAAACCGAGCGUGUCCUCAAGACCAAGCGCAGGAGGGUCGGCCGGGCCCUGGCCACAAAGUGCCUGGAGAGGUUUCAUCUGGUUAACGGCUUCUGCCCGCCUCCCCACCACCACCACCACCACCACCAUCAUCACCACCAUCACCACCACCACCACCGGGCCCAGCAGCCGCAGCAGAAUCACCACCCCCCUCAUCACCACCGGCCUCAGCCCCAUCUGGGCAGCUUUCCCGAGAGUUGCAGCAGCGACUCCGAGUCCAGCUCCUACUCGGACCAUGCAGCCAACGACUCAGAUUUUGGCUCCAGUUUGUCCAGCUCCAGCAACUCUGUGUCCUCGGAGGAAGAGGAGGAGGAGGGAGAGGAGGAGGAGGAAGAGGAGGAGGAAGAGGAGGAGGGGGGCAGUGGGGCCUCGGAUUCCAGUGAAGUCAGCUCGGAGGAGGAGGACUCGUCCACCGAGUCAGACUCCAGCUCCGGCUCCAGCCAAGUGUCAGUGCAGAGCAUCCGUUUCAGGCGCACCAGCUUCUGCAAGCCUCCCAGCGUGCAGGCGCAGGCCAACUUCUUGUACCAUCUGGCCUCGGCCGCUGCUGCAACCAAACCCGCUGCUUUCGAGGAUGCCGGCAGACUUCCCGACCUCAAGAGUAGUGUCAAAGCGGAGUCGCCCGAGGAGUGGAAUCUGCAAAGCUGGGCUCCCAAAGCGUCUCCGGUGUACUGCCCCGCCAGCCUGGGGAGUUGUUUCACAGAGAUAAGGAACGAUAGGGUAUCUGAGAUUACAUUCCCACACUCUGAAAUUUCCAGCACUGUAAAGAGAACUGACCUGACAAUUAACUGCCUGGCGGAGGGGGCCUCUUCACCUAGCCCAAAGACAAACAAUGCAUUUCCACAACAAAGAAUACUCCGAGAGGCUAGGAAAUGCCUACAAGCAACUCCUACUACACACUGUGCAGAUAACAAUUCAAUAGCUGCUAGGUUCUUAAAGAAUGAUUCUUCAGGAGCAGCAGCAAAUUCAGAAAAAGAUUCCAAAAUCCCUCACUGUACUGAAUUUGCUACGGAUUUGCCCUCUUCGUCAACCCAUCCCGAGGUGAAUGCAGCUGCAGCACCAACUAAAGCCGAGAAUCCCUGCACUGACACGGGCGACAAGACAUUGCCAUUUCUGCACAAUAUUAAAAUCAAAGUAGAAGACAGUAGUGCUAAUGAAGAAUAUGAACCUGACCUUAUUACAAAUAAGCUAAAGUGUGAGUGCAAUGAUACAAAGGGUGAGUUUUACAGUGUGACUGAAAGUAAAGAGGAGGACGCCUUGUUAACCACAGCCAAGGAAGGUUUUGCAUGCCCUGAAAAAGAAACUCCUUCCUUAAAUCCACUGGCUCAGAGUCAGGGCCUUUCAUGCACUUUAAGUUCUCCAAAACCUGAGGAUGGGGAAUAUAAAUUUGGUGCCAGGGUGAGAAAAAAUUACCGGACACUAGUACUGGGAAAGCGACCUGUACUUCAGACACCUCCAGUCAAACCAAAUCUGAAAUCAGCUAGAAGUCCUCGUCCUACAGGUAAAACUGAGACACAUGAAGGAACACUGGAUGAUUUUACAGUUAUAAACAGACGCAAAAAGGUAGCCAGCAAUGUAGCAUCAGCAGUGAAAAGGCCAUUUAAUUUCAUGGCAAAUUUUCCUUGUCCACCAUCACUCAUUAUUGGGAAGGAUGGGGAUUUGUGGCCGGCGUAUUCCUUAAACACCACUAAGGAUUCCCAACCUCCUCACAAGGCCCAUCCUAUAUGGAAAUGGCAGCUGGGCGGUUCUGCAAUACCUCUUCCACCUAGUCACAAAUUCAGGAAAUUUAAUUCAUAAAAGCGUUUUGGAAGAUAUUUUCUUGAACCAUAUUACCUUCCUUUUGUUGUAAACUGCACAGGAUGGUUUGUACAAGUCCAUUAAUGUGUUACACCCCUUUUGGAGUCCUGGUUUAUCGCAUUUUGAAGACAGAAAUCGGAUUACUUUUUUUUUCCAUUGCGGGUUUUUUUUUUUUUUUGGAGUAGGGUGGGGGCGGGGUGGGAGAAGGGUUGGUUUACAUUCCACAGACUAUACUUCAGGCUAAAGACUCAAGUAAAACUCAGUUAUUACGGCAGAGCUGGAACACUUUACUGUUUCAAUGCUAAUAAUGCACCCGGUACCUCAAUUCAACUGCUACAAAUAAAUGUCAAAAGGUUGAAUAAUAAAUAUUACAAUGAGCCAUUAAAUUUAUGCACUAGAUUUCAGGCCUGCAAGUGUAACUGUUAAUUCAGUGAAAGUUUGUUAGGUUACAUGGUUACACAGUGAGGUAGCAAGAAGUUUCUGUGAGCCCAAAGUGUUCUUUUCUGGAGCUCUUGUUUGUGGGGUAUCUUAUGCUUUUUCUCCCCUCAUUUCCUCUCCAAGAGUAGUUGCACUUAUUUUAUUUUUUUGAGUGGAAAGAUUGGGGAAUUCUGAUUGAAUGCUGGUAAAAGCUGCCUCAUAUAUACUGAGUUAAAUAAAUAUAGGAUUGUCUUUUUUUUUUUUUUUUGGUAAAGGGUGUGAUUUUACUUUUACAGCCACUCCUUGCAAUUGGAAAAGUCCUUUUUGUGUUCUCACCCAAAGGUUUUAAAUUAGGUCACUCUUACUAUUGUCCUGCUUACCUUGUGGUCUGAACAUGACUCCUCAAACUUGCUAAACAAUUAAAAUAUUUCUCUUAAUAGCAGGAUAUUUUAUGGUCUGACUCUUCAUAGUGACAAAGCAGUAAAUACGACCAAGAAAAGUAAAAUGGGUCAGAAUUGUAAGAAUACCCCAAAUGAAAAGUAAGUUAUUUCAGGGCUUUUUGGUACCAGAACUCAGGCACUUGGAUUUUAUUACCUUUUACUUUCUCUGCAUCUCUCUAAACUUCUGUUUUCAGACCAUCCUGUGUAUAGAGCAGGAGAGUUUCUACUGCAAGUGACAAUCAGAGGUGACUAUCUAUAUUUGCACUUAAAAUCAAAGUAGUUCAACAUACAAAUGGUUAGGGUCUAGCCCUUGGUAAGGGCCAUGCUGGUGUACUAUGUUGUGAUGAUGGAAGCAGUAAAUCAAAAUUAUGGAAAUUUGCACUGUUGAAAAGCAUGCUUUAGCUUUAUUUUCAAUUAAAAACACUGUUUAAAAUUC